AGUGGAGAGAGGCAGUGUGUGAGAAGUCAAGAGAGGAGUGAGGACGCUGUGGAGCAGCUGACGGCGCAUGAACCAAACCCUUAAAGAAACUUAAGAUGCAGUUCUAGUCAAACCCCGAUCACUCAUGUUAAAGGCUUGAUCAGCGGAGCUGACAUCAAAAAGUUGGCCUUUUUUUGGAGCACAAAUUGUUAUGGUGGAUUAUUCUUCUUUGAAAAUGGGUUUGAAAAGAUUUGACACAAAAGUGCCGGGGACUGUUUUCUCCAUAGUCCGCUCGUUCUGCUGCGUUAUCGGGCUCCUAACGACUCUUUCUCAGCCUGUCUGCGAGGCGUUCAACCUAGACGAGAGGAACCCAACAGUCUACAGCGGACCAGAAGGGAGCUUUUUUGGAUACGCCGUUGACUUUUAUCUGCCUGAUUCAGCCAGUGCAAGUGUGGUGAUUGGAGCCCCCAAGGCCAACACAAGCCAGAUCAACAUUACAGAGGGGGGGUCUGUUUUCUACUGUCCAUGGAGCCCAGGCCAAACUCACUGUGACUCCAUUGAGUUUGACACAGAGGGUGAUCGUUUUGUCUUCCUCAAUGAAACAAAACACAAGAUUGAUUUCAAAUCCCAUCAGUGGUUUGGUGCCACCGUUCGUUCCCAUGGCGACACAGUUCUGGCCUGUGCCCCACUGUACUCCUGGCGAACAGAAAAAGACACUCCCCGCUCUGAUGUCACCGGAACCUGCUACCUCUCAGUCCAGAAUUUCACCAAAUUUGUGGAGUACGCUCCAUGUCGGACAGAAAUCAGCGAUGCAGACGGACAAGGCUACUGUCAGGGAGGGUUCAGCGCUGACUUCACAAUGAAUGGCAAAGUGGUAUUAGGUGGACCGGGCAGCUACUUCUGGCAAGGGCAGGUGAUCUCUGCUGCUAAGGAAAACAUAAUCAGAGCCUAUUACCCAGGCUACUUCAUGCAGGCUGUGGAUGGCCAGAUGCAGACCAAACAAGGCCAGUCGGAUCAUGAUGACAAUUACCAAGGAUACUCUGUUGCUGUUGGGGAAUUCAGUGGAGAUGAAGUGGAAGAUUUUGUCACUGGGGUUCAAAAAGGACGCUUGCUUUAUGGUUCGGUGUCCAUUCUAAAUGGUACGGAUUUGACAACCAUGGUGGAGUACACUGGUGAACAGAUGGGGUCAUACUUUGGCUAUGCUUUGGCAACAACUGACAUCAACAACGAUGGGAUGACAGAUCUACUGGUGGGAGCUCCAAUGUUCAUCGUCCGCGGUUCCGACGGUCAUCUGGAAGAAAUGGGUCGGGUUUACGUUUAUCUACAGCGGAGCCCCUUGAAGCUAGAGCUUCGCCUACCUCACCCAACGGGGACCCAAAUGUAUGGGAGAUUUGGCAGCAGCAUUGCAGCGCUGGGAGAUCUGAACCAAGAUGGGUUCAACGAUGUGGCUAUAAGCUGUCCAUUUGGAGGGGAGGACCAGAAAGGACUGGUCUACAUCUUUAACGGGUUCUCAGAAGGUCUCAGGGAAAAAACGUCUCAGGUGAUCAAGGGCCAGUGGGCCGCCGGAGCUGUGCCUCCCAGCUUUGGGUUUUCUCUCAGAGGAGCAAAGGACCUGGACAUGAACGGAUACCCUGAUCUGAUCGUUGGGGCCUUUGGCGUCGAUAAGGCAGUCCUCUAUAGAGCUCGUCCAAUUGUGAACACCUCUGCUUCGCUGACAGUUUACCCCACCAUGAUCAACCCAGAGGAGAAAAACUGCAUGGUUUCCAGUGGAAACUCCAGCAUUCCUGUUUCCUGUGUCAACCUAAGUUACUGUAUUUCUGCUGAUGGGAAGCAUCUACCAGAGUUCCUAGAUUUCAAUGUGGAAGUGCAGCUUGAUAGUCUCAAGCUCAAGCAGAAGGGUGCAGUGAAGAGGGCUCUAUUCUUGGACUCCCAGCAGCCUUUGCUUCAGAGGAGCGUUCGGGUGCGCCGUGGCGAGCGUCUGUGCAAUCACACAAAGAUCUACCUAAGAAGUGAAAAGGACUUCAGGGACAAACUGUCUUCUAUUUUUAUGGCCUUGAACUUGACUUUGGAUGAAACAGCUGCCAAUGAAGUUCAUGGUCUGCAGCCCAUCCUCAACUAUCAGAGCGCCAAUGUGAUCGAGCGGAAGGCUCAAAUUCUACUAGACUGUGGAGAAGACAACAUCUGCGUUCCUGAUUUGAAGCUUGAAGUUCUUGGGGCGCUCAGCAGAAGGAAGGAAGUCUACCUUGGCGAUGACAACUCGCUGACCUUGAUUUUCAACGCCAGGAAUGAGGGUGAGGGAGGAGCGUACGAGGCAGAGCUGCACGUGGUGUUGCCCCCUGAAGCCGACUACAGCGGCAUCGCCCGCAAUAAUGAGAGCUUUGCCCAGCUGACCUGCAGUUAUGAUACGGAGAAUCAGACACGCUACCUCAGCUGCGAUUUGGGGAACCCCAUGAGAGCUGGUACCAAUCUCUGGGCAGGGCUGCGCUUUACGGUACCGCGGCUGAAGGACACGCACAGAACCAUCCAGUUUGAGCUGCAGAUUCGCAGUAAAAAUGAAAACAACUCCCACAGUGAAGUUGUGUCCUACAUACUCGAUGUGAUUGUUCAAGCUGAUGUCGUUCUCAAUGGUGUGUCUCGGCCAGAUAAGGUCUAUUUGCCGCCAGCCAACUGGAAGGUACCCAAAAAUCAUGAGGGAGAACCGGAUGAGGAUCCUGCAGUGGAGCACAUUUAUGAGCUUAAAAACAACGGACCGAGUCACAUCAGCCAUACGUCUCUUGAUGUGCGCUGCCCCCUCCAUGCCCAGGCCAAUGCUCUUCUCUACCGGGUGGACUUCUCCACCAAAGGCCCCAUCAACUGCACCUUGGACAAAAACAUCACCCACCUCAACCUUAAAUUGCUACACGCAACUCCGGAAUCUCCUGUUCUGGCUCUGAAGGCACAGGAGCAUCGCGCUGAGAGGAGGGACGCCCACAAAAAUCCACUAGAUCAUUCUUCCAACUUGUCCUGCUCUAAUGUGGAGUGUUGGAUGAUCCGCUGCAACGUGGGCCUGCUGGAGAAGGGAACCACGGCUCUCGUCAAAGUGCGCUCCCGCCUCAGAGCGGAGACCUUCAUGGAGAGAUCUUACAGGCAGUAUGUUUUGGAGUGCCUCGCCGCAUACAGUGUGAAAAAGAUGCCAUAUGCAAUCCAACCCAAAUUUUUACCAAAUGGACAGAAGAAGGUGGUGACUCCAGUGGUGUGGAACAAACCAGAUAUCGAGAACUUUGUCCCACUAUGGAUUAUAAUUUUGGCUAUUCUGGCUGGUUUGUUGCUCCUGGCUGUACUUAUCUACGUCCUCUACAGGUUGGGCUUCUUCAAACGAUCUGGACCUUACGGCACGGCCAUGGAGAAAGCUCAACUGAAACCGCAAGCGGCGUCUGAAGCAUAACUGGCCACCCGAGCUACAUGAAGUAUUACAUGCAGCCGUAUGAUUGCAAUGCAGGAAACAGGAUGGACGACGCCGAUCAAAAAAAUAAGUGAAGAGAUGAGGAGAGACCACUGGAACUCCACUGUGCUGCACUAGAGGCAAAACCCAAAGAUCUUCAAACCACAUGAAUGUUUAUUUCACUUAUUGUUAAUUAAUUUAUGUCUUGUUUUUUUUAACCAGUUCUUUUUAAAUAGUUUCUCAGAGCCAAAAGGCUUGGCUAUAUCACAAGGGUGCCUGCUAUAAGCGUGAAGCCAGCAAGCUUUUAGCAGCAAGAUGCCGCGUGUAUCUUAUUCUGCAGUGCCCGUUUAUCUGCUUUAUGUUGGUGCUAAAAAUGUGGUGUGUGAGCAGCCACUCACUUGUGCAGUUUGUGACCCCUGGGAGCCGUUAGUGCAGCCCUAAUGAGGCCUGAGAGCGUUCCUCCAACAUCUCUAAAAUCCAGAGGAUGCAGUUUGAAAACAAUGGCUGACUAGAUUCCACACAAAGGUGUGGAAUAGCCAGAUUUGUUUAGCUUUUCAUUGUUUUUUUCCCUAAAAAAUAGAAUUCCAGAGUUUUCAAGAAGUUUUUCUUCCUGUAUUUGGACCGGUGUGCAGUUUGGAGAAGCGGGUUAAAAAAUGGAUGUUACUCAUGAAAAUGAUCACUUUCUGCCUCAGGUUGGUGGACGGUGUUUUUUGGGUUUUUUUUGCACUCAAAGGAAAAUCUACUGAUUCCAAAGGCGCCAAAGACUGACUGACCUUCCUUUGAGUCCUGAAAUGAACUCCUACUGAUGUCUUUGCUUUAGGUCUGUAUGUUUUUGCUCAGUCACCAGUGCUGGCACCGUGUGUGUAGCUGAGUAGUCGACAGGGAUGGGCCUGGAACCAACACAGACCCGCGAAACCUCACGCAAGGCCUGCAGCAAGCCCAAUGCUUUUGUCAAAAAAUGACAUUCUCCUCAAAUAUCUUGAACCAUUUCUGGUGUUUUGCCAAUAAGACUGCUAGGAAAUAAGGUGAAAACUCUCAAGUAAUCUUUUUUUUAAACAAAGAUGACAAUCAGCAUUGAUGUAGCCAUGACAGAAAGAUCCAUUUUCAGCUCUCAGUGUGUGCAGAGACGAUUAUAAUACUUUUUUUUUGGAUGGUCUAAACUAACAGGCUUGCUGGAAGUCAUCCCAAUACCAAAAGACUACAGGGACUGAACAAAAAAAAGACAGUUUGUGUUGUUUUCUUGUUUCGUGUACAUGUUUUAAGUGCUUUUAAGUGUAAAUACUUAACACCUGUGGGUUACAGUUCAGGCUGAGUGUGUCUGCAUGCGUGCAUCACUUCAUGCAUGCAUGCAUUUGUGUGAAUGCCAUAUUUAAGGAUGUUUUUCGUGUGUUUUGUGUUGUUUUUUAUUUUUCUUUCUCACUGCCUAGACCUUUGUAGCUCGAGAUAAUUGAGGUUAAUUUUGAUGACAAAUACCUCAAAGGGAUGACAGCUAGGCAAUGGGAACUCCACGUUGUUUGGAAGUGCAAUAUUUAUGUCACACAGCAGCGAUUUUUUUAAGUUUUUGGGUCAAACCAAAGGUUUGUCCGUCCGAGUUUGUUCACCGAAUUCUUUAUGGGUUUCUGUUUUUUUUUUGACUGUUUGCAAAAGGUGUAAUUCUUUUUAAAAGCUUUUUCCUGCUUCAGAUGUACUCACUGCUUCACUGGACAUUGACUCACAGUUUUUUUUUUUUUUUGGAAAUAGCAUUAACGGAGUCACAAGCACCAAAAGCACAUCUGGGUUGAGCUUGGGCACCCUUCCAAGUACAAAAUAAUUUAUGUGCUGCAGCUGUUCAAACACAACUUUAUCAGCAUACGUAAGCAAUACAGUCCCCCCAACCCCCCUCCGUCUUUUCAAACAUCCCAUGUGAUUGGAUUAAAACGCUCCACAAAAUCCCCCAUUUGUUUAUUGACUUAAAUCCUUCUCUCUGUCACUAAAAAGUUCUUCAUUAAACAUGUUAAUCCAUUAUUUAUAGCUACUACUUCCCCAAUGGUCACAUGAGGAGAAGGCACUGUGUGUGUGUUUUUUUUGUUUUGUUUUUUACUUUUGGCCCACUCUCCAGGACUUUCAAAAAGAUGUUGUACAUAUUCAUAACAAGGAGAGAAUUUGAAUUGAACUGUUGAAUGAUUUGUUGUGAAUUUUUCACCCCAUAUUGGGGAGAUCUUGUUAUUUUUCUGGUUUGUUUUAGCUGGAAUGUGGCUCCUGCAAUGUCUCUCUUUUUUAAAUUUGUUAUGGUUUCUAUUUUAAAUAAAAUGUCCCUUUUUACAAA